AUGUCUAACAAAAAAAGGAAUGUUGCUUAUAUCAAGCCUGAUGAACCAGCAUUUUUGGCGAGACUUAAAAAAGAAGCUGGCUUUGUAGAAGGCCCCACUAUUGACACAAAGCGAGAGAAUUUACCUGAACUAAGUGACGAGGAGCGUGACGAUACAGCUGAAGAAUCUCCUGUUGUGGUUGUGUUGAAGCCAGGAGAUCUGACUAAAGAGGAAGCAGAUAAUUUGAAGCAAAAGCAAGAAUUAGAAGAGGCCAAUAAACCAGCCCAGCUUGGCGACCGGAUUGUUUUCAAGCCUCCAAAGAAGCGGGAAGUUGAAGAAGGAACAGAUGAUAAACCCAAGAAGAAGAAGGUGAAAAGCAAACCUGUCAACUCGAAACUACUCUCGUUCGAUGAAGAGGAACUGGAUGAUUAA